AUGGGUGAUUACGACGAGGACGACGAUUAUUUUCGUAAACGAUCACCUGACUAUGCAAAAGUUCAAGCAAAUAAACAGACCGUCACAGAUCAUUGUGCUCGUGAACAUGACAAGCUUAAGGAUCAGAAAAGAGAACUUCUUCAAAAAAAAGUAGAAGCUAGCAAAACUAGUGCAAAUUUGAUGAAUGAAAGCGAUAUAUUAAUAACCGAGCUUGAACAGCAUGCUAAAGUAGUCGGCCAAUUACAAAACGCUACUACUCAAAUAUCCGCAGAGCAAUCAAGAAUAGUGGAAACAAUUAUUCAUGAAAAAAACAGUCUGGAUACACAUCAAGUACAAACUGAAAACUAUGAACGUGAAUUACGUCAUCAUUCAAACAUGAAAAAAACAUUGGAAGUAGAAGAAAAACAAAUGCGUGAGCAGUUGACAACGACGAAAGGGACAUUAAAUAAGAAUGGCAGUACACAAAAUUAUUUACAACUAUCUUUGAAUGAACUACAAGAACAAAUCGAAAAAGUUAAAGUUGCAUUGCAAGAACAAGAAAAAUUGCUUACAGAGGAGAGAAGACAACGGCAGCAACUUGAAUUAAAAGCAGAACAGUUGUUGGCAGAAAAGCAUCAGAUAGAAGAAGAUAUUAAAACGAUCAUCAAUGAAUUGGAACGCCUUUAUGAAGAACAGCGUUUACUUAUUCUUCAACAAAAAGAUUUAAAAAAACAACAGGAACAACUUGAAGCAGCUAUUGCUCAAUUGGAGAAAACCUUAAAACAGAAAGAAGCAGGUCUUACUAUCCAACAAACACAAAUUGAUCGUAUACAACAAAAAAUUCAACAGUUAGAAGAUCAACUUGGAAGCAUUCGUGAAGAAAUACAAGCUUUGACUGAUGAACUCGAAGCCAAGUCCAAUGAAUUAGCGCAAGCCCAGGAACGAUUGAGUCAACUUGAGAGUAAUAGGAAACAACUCGAAUUGGAAAAACGAACAUUAGAUCAAACAUUCAAUAGUCUUAAUGAUCAGCUAAUCGACUAUGAUAAUCAACUGAGCGGAUUACUACAAAAGUUACGGACAACUGAAGAAUUACUUGUUCAAGUACAAACGAAAUUAGCACAGCUUGAUCAUACAUUGGAAUUGCAAACUACGGAAGUUGAACGUUUGCAGAAUGAACAUGAUACAUUAGAAAGGCGUGUUGCCGAAUUAACCGAACAGUGUAACGAUUUGAAUGGACAAAAGGAGGAUGCAUUACAUGAGCAACAAGCAGCCGAAAAUGAAUUACGUGAUUCUCAACAACUCCUCAAUCAAUACAAACAGCAAGAAAGAGAGGCACAAGCACAGAAUAUGCGUGACACCAACGAGUGUGAAACCGCUCUUGCACAUUUCAACGCUGCUGAGAAUGAACAACGCAUCGCUGAAGAACAAGUACGAGCUGCUGAAGUCCGAUUGAAACAUGCACAACAUUCUUUAUGGGUGAAACUUGCGUGGGCCUGUUUAUCAUUAUUUGUCAAAGGUUUACGCAAUCUUGAACAAGAAGAAAAUGCAGCUAAAAAUGCUCUGCAACAAGCUAAUGAGAAACUAGAACAAAAACGAACACAAUGCAAUAAUGCACGACAAAAACAUAUAGCAGCCAAUCAAAAAGCCAAACAGUCCGCAGCUGUACAUCGUGAGCGAAUUAGUGAACGUACUGAACAAGAAAAAGUUGUCUCGAACAAUAAGGACUCACUAGCACGUUGUAAAAAUGAUUUCCAACGUUUAAAUGAGGCUUUUCGUCAAACCAGUCGGACACGAGUACAAACAGAAACGAACUUAAAAACAACAUCUAAUAAACUUCAACGUGCUCAGUCUCAGCUUGAAAGCACUAGAAAUGAUCUUCAAAGGACUCAGAAUGAAUUUACUCAGCAUGAACAUCAAAAACAAGAAUAUGAAUCAACUGUAAAAACAAUGCGUGUAACAAUUACGCGCCAUGAACGUGCAAUAGAAGACCAUCGAUCAGUCAUGAGAGAGAAUCAAACAGCACUCGCCGAUGUAACAACUAACUAUCAAAAACAAGCCAGCGAUGUUCAACUGUUGAAAGGUCGAAUAGAUCAAAUGAAGCAAAAUUUAGGCGAAAAAACUAAUGCUGAAAAAGUGAAAUCACGUGAAAUGAAUCAUCAGCAAAACACACUUGAAUCUGAGAAGAAAACACUGCAACAGAUGCGUGAUGAUAUUGAAAACAACAAAAAGGAACUUACUAGAACUAAAGAAGAAUUGAAUACAAAUACAGAGAAAUUGAUGACUGUAGUCAGUCAAAUCAAAGAUUUACAAAAAACAAAAAGCAAUCUCGAUCAACGACUCCAAACUAAUCGUCAAGAACUCAAUCAAUGUGAAAGCGCACAGCGUAAAAUACAUACACAUAUACAAACACAAGAAAGUGAAGUUCAAAAUCUUCGUCAAAAACUAGAUGUACUUAACACUCGUGAUCAUAAACUACGUGGUGAUGUUCAGCAAGUGGAAUCGAAAUUAAACAGCAAGACUGAGGAAUUGACUAAAAAUCAAAAUAAAAUCUUUGAAAUCGAUCAGCAAUUACGAUCGACUCGUGAACGACAAGUUCAAAGUCAAGCAAAACUAGAAGAAGCAAAUAAGCAAUUAAACUCACUAGAUCAACGCUUUCGACAACAGAGCAACGAAGUCGCACAGCAAGAACGUCAUUUUCAACAGACGGUAGAUCGUAUACAUCGUGCGAAUGAUAAAUUUGCAAAUAACGAAGAACUUCGAGCUGAAACUUACCGAAGAAUGGAACAACUGGAAAAAACCAUCACUCAACUCAAGCAAUAUCAUUGUGAUGAGCAGAUAAAACUUGACAAUAAAGCAAAUGAACUCAUUAAGGAACAGCUAGAUCAAAAUGAAAACUUUCAACAUUUGAGGAUUGCGACUACCCUUCCUUCUCAACAGCCAGUUGAGCGAAACAAAAAGCAAACAAACUAA